CUUUGAAAUCCCCCUCGGAUAAGUUGCUGGAUUCUUUUUUCUUCCCUCUUUUUCUCCGUCUCACAUAAUCUAGGGUUUGCAGAAUUCUGCACUACUAGAUCCAGGAGCCUGUGUAACCCUAAAUUGAAGGAAAGUUAGGGUUUUAGGGGUCUCGAUUUCUUCUCAUUAUCUCGAAUUGUUGUUUGGUAUAUUCGAGAAAUUGGAACAUUUAGGGUUUUGCUGGUUUUAGUUAACCUCAAUUUCUUUAUUUGGCUUUUUGGUUUGUAAGGAAGGGUUUUGGGGCUUCUGAUUACGUAAGGUUCCCAUUACUUUGUAGUCUGUUUGGGGGCCUUUUCGGUUCGACAAUUGACUCGGUGCUUCUACAAUUGGUGUUUGUUAUCUGAUAAAUUCUUUGGAGUUUUCAGGGUUUAGGGUUGUUUUGAUCGGCUUUUAGUUGUGUCUUUUUUUUUUUGGGAGUGGAGGUUUCAUUCUAGCUUUGGUUUUAAUGGCGAAGUUGGGCGAAGAGGACGUUGAAUAUGAGAGCGACCCUGAGGAAAAGCGCAUGCUGGGGAUGAGAAGACGUGAAGCGGCAAGCGAAGAUGAGGAAGGCGAAGGGGAAGACAAACCAAGAAUGGAUAGGAGCGUAAUCCACUCUGAAGAAUUGGAGGGCCAGGGUGGGGCUGAAUACGAGAGCGAUCCUGAGGAGGAAAAGCGCCUGCUGGGGAUGAGAAGACGUGAAGCUGCAAGUGACGAUGAAGAAGGCGAAGGGGAAGAGAAACCACAAAUGGAUCGGAGGGCCCAUCACUCUGAAGAGUCUGAUGGCCAGGGUGGGGCAGCAGAAUACGAUGAUGAUGUAGAGGAAUUAGAAGGGGAGGAUGAGGAAGAAGAGGUCUACGAAGAUGAAGAGGAAGAAGCUUAUGAGGAUGAGCAAGAGGAAGAUGAAAUUGAUGGAUUUGAGGAAGGGAAAGAAAGGAAUGAGGAGGGAGUAGGAGGUGAUGGUGGAGUGCAGAUUAAGGUGAAAGAAGUAGAUGGGAGGAAGGUAGAGGAACUGGUAGACCCGAAAGCAGUGGAGAAUCAUAUGGAGGAGGAUGAGGAUGAAGAGGGGAAAAAAGAGAAUGAACCGUUUGCAGUGCCCACUGCUGGAGCUUUUUACAUGCACGAUGAUCGGUUUAGGGACAAUGCUGGUGGUCGACACAGGAGAACAUAUGGUGGAAGGAAGUUGUGGGAGUCCAAGGAUGACAAGAAAUGGGGGCAUGACAAGUUCGAGGAGAUGAAUUUGCAGGAAAGGCAUUAUGAACAGGGUAGGAGGGGUUCUAAAGGUAAUUUUCGAGGCCAUGGUGGAAAAAAUCGAGCUCCAGACCGUGGAUAUGCAAGAAGGAACAAAUCUAAUACAUUCAGCAAUGGUAACAAUCAGAGCCAGGCACCUAAAGGUGUGAGAGGGAGGGGGCCUAGAAAGUAUGAACCUACAUGGAAGACCAGUAGCCAGGCACCUCCAGCACAAAACAAACAGCCCGAAAAGUCAUUUGAUAGAGCUUCACAUACUGAUUCUGGGAGAGUUUUUACUCCAACACCAAAUACAGAAUCUGAUCAAGUGCCUCCUGCUAGAAAACAUUCAAGCUUGAGUUCUGCUUCUCCUCCUUUUUAUCCUUCUGGAUCUUCAAAUAAAGAUAUCCCUUUGACUCAGAAAAGGAAUGUACAAGCUGGAAGUUCAAGCAGGAAUAUUCGUACUUCUGUUGUCAAUGAAAGUUUCUCUAUGCAGCAAGCCAGUGCAUUGGUACGAGGGAAGAAUAUAGCUGAUUCUGCUGGUAUUGACAAGCUCUAUGUUGAUGAUUCUGUUCCUUCAGCAGCUGGGAAGUCCUUGAGCACUGUGCAAAUGUCACCUGGAUCUUCAUUGGUCAAUAGCAUGCAAUCCUCUCAAUCCAGAACUCAAGGAAGGGGUGUAGCUAUUUCAAGUCAGAUGACUUAUCAAUCAGCCCCUGUUCAAAGCCAAGUCAACCGAGUCUCAUCUGCAACUCAGCCCAAUUCUGUUCAGCAGAGUCCCGUUCAGAAUCGUGUUCCACCUUCUGUUCUUGUCCCUGGUCAGCAGUUGGGACAACGUUCUGCCAGUGGAUCUCAAGCUUCAUCACCCCCAAAAUCAGCAUUGUCAAUAAAUUCUCAUGACUCUGGAGACACAGAAACAACUUCAGAAUCUAGUAAAUCUAGAGGUGGAUUGGUGGGAAAGGGCAAAGAAGGCAUUCAAGGGAGUGGGAGAGGCUCUUUUCUCUAUGGAGGGGCACAGGUUAUGGGAGCCUCAGGGAAUAUGGGUGUUGGUCAUGGUGAUCCGAACUUCCCUGCAACUCCGGCUUUCUUGCCAGUUAUGCAAUUUGGGGGCCAGCAUCCUGGUGGUAUUGGAGUUCCUGCUGUUGGCAUGGCUUUUCCUGGAUAUGUUGCUCAACCGCAACUUGGUUUAGGAAAUUCUGAAAUGACAUGGCUACCAGUCCUGGCUGGUGCUGCUGGUGCUUUAGGGGCUACUUAUUGUUCACCUUAUAUUGCUGUCGAUGGGAACUAUCACACUCGCCCAUCUGGACAGACGUCUUCGGUGGGUUCUUCGAGCAAAGAGAAUGAUAGACCUUCUCAGAGACCUGAACUUGUUAAUGAUGAGUUUGGGCAAAGACAAAAGCCUCGCAGAUACUCAGAGAUGGAUUUUAAGCAGCCAAGUACAAGUACUUAGAUAAGGACCAUAUUUGAAUAAGCAGAUAAAGGCCCUUGAUCAGGUCAUUUGUGUUCUCCCACUUUCUUUCUGGAGUGCUUUGGGCCGCAAUAUGCUCCAGCAUAUUUUAGUUAUAUGUAACAAACACCUGCUCAUGCUGCAGUCAAUUUGAGAACGAAAUUGCGGCUUGAGGGGUGGUAGUUUCAUGUUUAAAUGUGAGGUUUUCUUGUGGUUUGGUUUUUUAGUGAAGCUUGAAGAAAUGUACAUGGGCUUCUCCAAAAACUAUAUACUUCAAAAAAAAAAAUCGAGAGCGAGAACUAUUGUGCAGAAGUUGUUUGGUCGGUGACGUGAGUUUUCUAUUUAUUAUAAGUAGAUGGUGUUUUGAGUUUUGUAUCCAACUUUUUGAUGACCUUUAACUUUGUGGUCGAGUCUGGUUUCAAGAUUACCUUUCAAUGUGGGGAUUUUAUUUAGAUGAGGACUGCCUACUUGCUUAAAUACUGCAGAGUAGAGAAUUUAUUUGUUCAAGUGGACUUGUAGUUUGUUGACAGAUGCUUUAUAAGGCUAUGAUUAUAUGCUACUCCUGUUCAUGUUAUGCUAAAA